GGCGCCGCAGUUCCCCUAACUGGCCCCAUCAAGUGCGCCUGAAGCCUCGCCUCACACCUGCGUGGCCCCCGGCAGAGCCCGCCCGGCCGCCCCUUGGUCCCGCUGCCCCCACCGCUCCCGACUCCAGGCCCAGAGGCAGAGGCGCGGAGCGGCCGGCCCCCCGGUGCUCCACUCCCAGAGCAGGUGGCUCUGUCUCCCUAAGAGAGGCCCGCGCUGUGUCCGAGCCUCCAGCCUCCCCGCCGGCGCCUGCAGGAGCAGCUCCAUCACCAGAGCAGCGCGACCCCGGCCCGCGGCCGCCGCCGCCGGCAAGAUGCGGAAGCCCAACCCGCUGCAGGACGCGAACUUCUGCUCGCGCCUGUUCUUCUGGUGGCUAAACCCCUUGUUCAAAAUUGGUCACAAAAGAAGAUUAGAAGAAGAUGACAUGUACUCUGUGCUUCCAGAAGAUCGCUCCCAGCACCUUGGAGAAGAACUACAAGGGUACUGGUAUCAAGAAGUUUUGAGAGCAGAGAAAGAUGCGCGGGAGCCUUCGUUAACAAAAGCAAUCAUAAAGUGUCACUGGAAAUCCUAUUUAGUUUUGGGAAUUUUUAUACUUCUUGAGGAAGGCACCAGAGUAGUUCAGCCCAUAUUUUUGGGGAAAAUGAUUAAUUAUUUUGAAAACUCCAAUCGCAUGGAUUCUGCCGCCUUGCAUGAAGCCUAUGGCUAUGCGGCAGGGCUGAGCGCCAGCGUGCUCGUGUGGGCUGUUCUGCACCACUUGUACUUCUAUCACAUUCAGCGCGUAGGGAUGAGGCUGAGAGUAGCCGUGUGCCAUAUGAUCUACCGCAAGGUACUUCGUCUGAGUAGCUCGGCCAUGAAGAAGACCACCACAGGCCAGAUAGUCAACCUGAUGUCCAAUGAUGUGAACAGGUUUGAUCAGGUAACGAUGUUCUUGCACUAUCUGUGGGUGGGGCCACUGCAGGCUAUUGCAGUGACCACCCUGCUCUGGAUGGAAACAGGAAUAUCAUGUCUUGCUGGGAUGGCAGUUCUCAUUUUCCUUCUGCUGUUGCAAAGCUGCUUUGGGAUGUGGUUUUCAUCACUCCGGAGUAAGACUGCAGCUCUCACAGACGACAGGAUCAGGACCAUGAGUGAAUUUAUAAGUGGCAUCAAAACAGUAAAAAUGUAUGCUUGGGAAAAGUCACUUAUAGACCUUAUUACCAGAUUUAGAAGAAAGGAAAUUUCCAAGAUUCUGAAAAGUUCCUACCUUAGAGGAAUGAAUUUGGCAUCAUUUUUUGCUGUAACCAAAAUCAUGAUUUUUGUCACCUUCAUCACCAAUGUGGCUCUGGAAAAGGUGAUUACAGCCAGCCAAGUGUUUGUGGUGGUGACGCUGUAUGAGGCUCUGCGGUUUACGAGCACCCUCUACUUCCCCAUGGCCAUUGAUGAGGUGUCAGAGGCCAUCGUCAGCAUCCGAAGAAUCAAGAACUUUUUGUUACUUGAUGAGAUAUCACAGCUCAACACUCAACUGCCAUCAGAUGACAAAACAAUCGUGCACAUGAAAGAUUUUACUGCUUUUUGGGAUAAGGAAUCAGAAACCCCAACCCUACAAGGCCUUUCGUUUACUGUCAGACCUGGUGAACUGUUAGCUGUGGUUGGACCUGUGGGAGCAGGAAAGUCAUCACUGUUGCAUGCUCUGCUGGGGGAGCUGCCCCCGAGCCAGGGGAAGGUCCACGUGCAUGGGAGGAUCAUGUAUGUUUCUCAGAAGCCUUGGGUGUUCUCAGGAACUGUGAGGAGUAACAUUUUAUUUGGGAAGAAAUAUGAAGAAGAACGAUAUGAAAAAGUAAUAAAGGCUUGUGCAUUGGAAGAGGAUUUACAGCUUUUGAAGGAAAGUGAUCUAACUGAGAUAGGAGACCGGGGAACCCCGCUGAGUGAAGGACAGAAAGCCCGGGUCAGCCUCGCCAGAGCCAUGUAUCAGGACGCAGACAUCUACCUCCUGGACGAUCCGCUCAGCGCAGUGGAUGCAGGAGUCAGCAGGCACUUGUUCGAACAGUGUAUUCGUCAGGCCUUGAAGGAGAAGAUCACAAUCUUAGUGACUCAUCAGCUGCAGUACCUAAAACAUGCAAGUCAGAUUCUGAUACUGAAAGAUGGCAAAAUUAUGCAAAAGGGGACUUUUGCUGAGUUUACAAAACCUGGGAUAGAUUUUGAAGAUAUUCUUUUAAAGAAGGAGAAUGAGGAGGCUGAACCACCUCCAGGUCCAGGAAUUCCCACUCUGAUCUCCAAGUCUUCAGUUCAGUCUCAACUGUCUCCCAGACACUCCUUGAAAAAUGCGGCUCCAGAGGACCAAGAUACUGAAAAUAUACAGGUUACAUUACCACUGGAGGACCGUUUGGUUGGAAGAGUUGGUUUUAAGACCUAUGAGAAUUACUUCACAGCUGGUGCUCAUUGGUUUAUCAUCAUUUUCCUUAUUCUAGUGAACAUCACAGCUCAGGUCGCCUACGCCCUGCAGGACUGGUGGCUUGCAUACUGGGCAAAUGGACAGACUAGCCUAUAUGUCAUGGAAUAUGGAAAAGGAAGAAUGAUUGAGAUACCUGAUCCUGGCUGGUACUUAACAGUUCACUCAGUUCUGACUGUAGGUACAGUCCUUUUUGGCAUCACAAGAUCCCUGUUGAUAUUCUACGUUCUUGUUAAUUCUUCACAAACUUUACACAACAAAAUGUUGGAGUCCAUUUUCAGAGCUCCAAUGCUGUUCUUUGAUAGAAAUCCAAUAGGAAGGAUUUUGAAUCGUUUCUCCAAAGAUAUUGGCCAUAUGGAUGACUUGCUUCCCCUGACAUUUCUUGAUUUCAUCCAGAUGGUUCUACUUGUGGUUGGUGUGGUGGGUGUGAUGGUGGCUGCAAUUCCUUGGAUUGCUAUACCUGUGAUUCCCCUUGGCAUCAUUGUCUUUGCUCUCUGGCGAUAUUUCUUAGAGACGUCACGAGAUGUGAAACGCCUGGAAUGCACAACACGGAGCCCAGUGUUUUCCUACUUAGCAUCUUCUCUCCGGGGACUCUGGACCAUCCGGGCGUACAAAGCUGAACAGAAAUUUCAGGAACUGUUUGAUGCACACCAGGAUUUGCACUCAGAGACCUUCUUCCUGCUUUUGACGACAUCCCGAUGGCUCGCUGUGUAUCUAGAUGUCAUCUGUGCUGUCUUUGUCACUGUUGUUGCCUUUGUGUCCCUGAUUCUGGAAGAAACUUUGACUCCUGGGCAGGUUGGCCUGGUCCUGUCUCUUGCCUUCACACUCACGGGGAUGUUCCAGUGGUGCAUCAGGCAAAGCAUCGAAGUUGAGAACCUGAUGAUUUCAGUAGAAAGGGUGAUUGAAUAUACAAACCUAGAGCAAGAAGCAAGCUGGGAAUAUGAGUUUCGUCCACCGCCAGCCUGGCCACAUAAUGGAUGGAUAACCUUUUGGCAUAUUAACCUCACAUACAGCUUAGAUGGGCCUCCAGUACUUGUGGACCUGUCACCAGACUUUAAGUCAGGAGAAAAGGUUGGUAUUGUGGGAAGAACAGGAGCUGGAAAAAGUUCCCUCAUCUCUGCCCUUUUUAGACUAUCAGAACCCGGAGGUGAUAUUUGCAUUAAUACCAUCUGGACAUCCAGUAUUGGACUUCACGAUUUAAGGACAAAAAUUUCCGUUGUUCCUCAGGAACCUGUUCUAUUCACGGGAACAAUGAGGAACAAUCUGGAUCCUUUUAAUGAACAUAUGGAUAAAGAACUGUGGAAUGCCUUAGAAAAGGUACAACUUAAAGAAGUCAUCAAUGAUCUUCCCGGUAAAAUGGAUACUGAAUUAGCAGAAUAUGGAUUGAACUUUAGUGUUGGACAGCAACAGUUGGUGUGCCUUGCCAGGGCUAUUCUCAGGAAAAAUUGGAUAUUGAUUAUUGACAAAGCAACAGCACACGUGGAUCCAAGAACUGAUGAGUUAAUAAAAAAAGAAAUCCGUGAGAAAUUUGCCUAUUGCACUGUGCUGACCAUUGCACACAGGUUGAGCACCAUUAUUGACAGUAAAUGGAUAAUGGUUUUGGAUUCAGGGAGAAUUAAAGAAUAUGGCCAGCCAUAUGAUUUGCUACAAAACACAAACAGUCUAUUUUAUAAGAUGGUGCAACAACUGGGUGAGGCUGAGGCCGCUGCUCUCACCAAAAGAGCAAAACAGAUACACCUCAAAAAGAAAUAGCCAGAUAUCACUCAUGGUGACCUUGUGGUUAUGAAUGCUUCCAGUGGAUGACCCUUAACGGCAACAAUUUUCACAUCAGUGCCAUGUGAUCCUACCAUGAUGUCAAGUUUAUUUCAAAGGCAUUUUUCCCAAUAGUUUUUGCACUGAAUAAGCUGUAUUGUACUUUUAAAAAAAACCACCAGUAACAAAUGUUUACAUAAGCAAUGUGUUUGUUUGGACUUUUUGCUCCAACUUCACCCAAUUAUUUCUAGCCUUUUAGUUAUAUGUUAUACUGUUUGUUUUCUUAGCCAAAUCAGAGAUUCAUGCUGCCAGUUCAGCUGUCUACCAGGUUUUAUGCUUUGAGAGGCUUUAUAACCAAAACUCACUUUCUAAGGUAUAAGACAUAGUUAUCACAGAUGUUUUUUUACUCUUUCCAAAAUUACAUAUUACUUUCUAACUGUAUCAGGAAUUAUGUUUAUUUGAAGACUGUAUAAAAUUUUCAUCUUGUCUCACCAUUUUCUUUAACAGAACUAGGCUGUGUUAUUCUAGGCCUCUAAUUAAAAUAGUACAGAUAAAACUAAUAGGAAAAACAAAAGUUAUGCUUUAGUUUAAGUAACAGAGGAGAGAGGUUCUACCCACCAAAUUAAAAGAGACAUAGUUAAAAUACAGAAGAACAAUAAUUGAUUAUAUAUUCCAGAAAAGAAAAAGAGAAAUGUGCUUUCAGGAGUCUUAUAGGUGAUUUGGUAAUGGAUAUUUAUGUGAUCUUUGAUCAUCUUCUGGAUGGAAAAUUUUAUUAUAUUUUAUUUUUUAUAUUUUUUUACUGUGGUAAAAUAUAUAUAACAUAAAAUUUGCCAUUAUAACCUUUUUAAACAUAUAAUUCAGGUACAUUAAUCACAUUCACACUGUUAUGCAACCAUUACCAUCUAGUUUGUUUUUGGUAAUUAUUCUAGGACAAUUCAGUUUGUUAUUCCAGCAGUCACUUUUGGUUUUAUUUCUCUAGAAAUUAAUCUAUACCCUGUGAGUCUUGAGCUUGAUUGAUAUAUUAUUUAUGAUAGCUUAUGUGUUUUAUCUCUAUACCAUCUAUAAUUGUGUUCUUUUUUGCUUUUUCAGUUUCUUUGAAAUGGCUCCCUUUUUUUCUUGAAUAAUCUUGCAUGACAUUUUCUUAAUUUUCAAAGUAUCCAUUUUUUUGGCUUGGUUGAC